UUCUUCUUCUCUUCUUCAAUAAUCUCGCACACACAGAGAAAGGACACAGAAGAACAAUAAAAUGCAGGGAGGAGGUCAAAUUGUGCUUGAAGAAUCUAACCAAAUGUCAUCCAUUCUAACUCCAUCCAAAAAGGGAUUUUUACCAUCAUUAACGAAAGUAGUUGGAACCCUCGGAUUGAAUUUACGAUCCAUCGAUGUUAUUGAAGCAUGCCUGGAGGCUGGAAUGUCAGUUGCACGUUUCGAUUUUUCAUGGUUUGAUGAAAACUACCAUCAAGAGACUCUUGACAAUUUAACAACAGCUAUUAAGAAUGUCAAAAGACAUUGUGCUGUUAUGUUGGAUACAAUGGGUCCAGCACUUCAGGUUCACAAUAAGAGUGGAAAACCAAUAGAAAUGGUUGCUGGAAACCAUGUGGUUAUUUCUCCAGAUAUUACAGUUGAACCUUCAUCAGAGUUUAUACCAGUUAACUAUCCCGGACUUGCAGAGGAAACAACGAAAGGAAGCACAAUCUUCGUGGGACAGUAUCUCUUUACUGGAAUUGAGGCCACCUCCGUUUGGUUAGAGGUAUUGGAAACAAAGGGACAAGAUGUAAUAUGCUUGGUGAAAAACAGUGCUACACUUACUGGUUAUGUCUACAAUAUGCAUGUAGUUCAAGUUCACAUUAAGCUGCCCACUUUAACUGAUAAGGAUAAGAAGGCAAUAUCAAGCUGGGGAAGCAGAAAUAAAGUUGAUUUCAUUAGUCUUUCCUACACUCGUCAUGCAGAAGAUGUUCGAGAGCUCAGGGAUUUCCUUAACACACAAAAUCUUGGUGAAACUCAGAUUUUGGCCAAAAUUGAGACAGUUGAGGGACUUAAACACUUCAAUGAGAUCCUUCAGGAAGCAGAUGGAAUUAUACUUUCUCGUGGGAAUUUGGGGAUUGAUUUACCACCAGAAAAGGUUUUUUUGUUCCAAAAAUCUGCCAUAUAUAGGUGCAAUAUGGUUGGUAAGCCUGUCCUAAUUACUCGUGUAGUUGACAGUAUGACUGCAAAUCUUCGUCCUACACGUGCUGAAGCAACCGACGUGGCUAAUGCUGUUCUUGAUGGAGCUGAUGGCAUACUACUUGGACCCGAAACUCUCAAGGGUAUGUACCCAAUUGAGGCGGUGAGAACCGUGGGGCGAAUAUGCGAUGAAGCUGAACGUGUUUAUAACCAGUCUUUUCAUUUCAAAAGAGUAGUUGAUUAUGUAGGAGAGCCGAUGUCUCAUGCAGAAUCUGUCGCAUCUUCCGCAGUUAAAGCAGCUAACAGAGUUAGAGCAGCCAUGAUUGUCGUGUUUACUUCAUCUGGUCGAGCAGCAAGGAUGAUCGCGAAAUAUCGACCAUCUGUCCCAGUGUUCGCUAUUGUUAUUCCUCGGCUGAAGACGAAUUCAUUGAGAUGGACUUUUACCGGGUCAACUCAGGCUAGACAAUUACUUGGUAUAAGAGGAGUUUAUCCUAUUUUGGCCAGUCCUACUGCGGUAACUUCUGGUCAUUCAAGUGAAGAAUCAGGAAUGAAGGUGGCAUUAGAUCAUGGAAAAUCAAUAGGAUUAUUGAAAAUACACGAUCAAGUCGUCGUGUUUGAAAAGAUCGGUGACUCGUCUCUUGUAAAGAUUGUUACUAUCCAAGAUUAACGACUUACAUUUUAUAAUAAAAAUCUUGUACUUAAAAAUCAUUUAUGUAUUUGAAUUAUAGACGACAUUAUAAUUAGAAUUUUAAUUUCA